UGAUUAAUAAAGUUGCCUAUAAAUGCUUCCGACAAUUAACCUGCAUCCAUCAUCUUCACAUAAUCUCUCUCUCUCUCUCUCUCUCUCUCUCUCUCUGUGUCUACAAUGGCAAAGAAGAUAUGCAUUCUAAUGUUCACUGUAGUUAUGGCGCUGCAUUUAGUAGUAGAUCAGAACCAUUGGAAAUUGAGGCUCCAACCCCUCAGCCCCAAGAAAGUAGCCACUACAUGAUCCCCACGCAUGGCAUCACCCAAGGCAGCCUUCAACCUCAAGAGUGUGGUCCAAGAUGCACACAAAGAUGCUCAAAAACAGCAUUCAAGAAGCCAUGCAUGUUCUUCUGCCAAAAGUGCUGUGCUAAGUGCUUGUGUGUGCCUCAGGGAACUUAUGGCAACAAGGAAUCCUGCCCUUGCUACAAUAAUUGGAAGACCAAGAGAGGAGGCCCCAAAUGCCCUUGAACCUUUUUUUUUUCAUUGCUUAAUUUGCUACCUUAUCUAAUUAAUUAGCUUCUGUUAAAACUAGUUUUUAUUUGUUUUUAAGAAUUUUAUUUCAAAGAUUGUAUCUAAAAUUAUUAUUUCAUGGUGAUUAGUGAAUAAUGUAACUAGAAAUUUUCCUUUGGUGUAGAAAAGGGUGAAAGAGUUUCGGGGUAUCCAUAAAUUCUGUUGUGCAAUAUAUCACAAUUACGAUAAAUAAUAUAAAACAAUCACAAGUAGAAAUACUAGAA